AUGGGCUGUGGACCAGGGGAUGUUUCACGUGAAUUGUUCAAUCGAGGCUGUGUUGUAACUGGAAUAGAUAACAACGAAGAAUUACUGUCUGCGGCAAAGCAACAAUUUAAAAACAUUUGUGAUGAUCAUCAUUAUCCAAAUUUUAUUGAACAAGAUUUACGAAAUCUACAACUUGAAUUGCAUGGAUACGAUGGCUUAUGGACAAGUUUUGUUGCUGCCUAUUUUACUGAUUUCAAAGACAUAUUCGCCAACUGGUUAAAAUUUUUAAAAUCCGACGCUUGGGUUUGCAUCAUUGAAAUUGAUCGGUUAUUAGACCACAGACCUAUACCAGAACGAUAUUCAAAAAAAAUUGACCAGUUUUAUAAUGAUGCAUUUCAACACAAACGAUAUGACUUUAGAUCGGGAAGUAAAUCUAAAUCAAUAUUAGAAGAAUUCGGAUUUGAAGUAAAUCAGUUUGACUUAGCGGACAGAGAACUAUCAUUUAAUGGUCCCGCAACGAGUGACGUUUUGAUCGCCUGGAAAAAUCGAUUUAAUCGAAUGGAAAAUCUGAAACAAUUUUUUCCCGAGGAUGAAUUUAUGUCUUUUCAAAAUGAAUUUAUUCGAUGUUUAUCAUCCGAUGCUCAUCAAUCAAUCUGCAAAGUUAUUUGCUGCGUUGGAAGAAAACGUUAA